UCGCCAUAAAGCACGUUAGUUAGUCAAUAGUUGGGCAUUUGGGAUUGGGGGACACAUUACUUCUCUUACGUCAGGGCCGUCGGUUCUUACUUAUCCCUUUCCCUCCCCACCAACCGCACCUGCUGUUGCCUGCUGGGCGGCUGUGCUGGUCAGCAGGGGCGUCUUCUCGUCAGUGGUCGUGUAGGUGGGAUGAAGAGAGGGGCUGCCGGCCUUAUCGCCGGUGUGUGACUGCUGCUGCUGCUGCUGCUGCGGGGAGCCCGAUGGCCGGCGGUCUUCAUCGGACGAUGAGGCGCCCUCUGCUCGUCCCCGGCUCUGCUGCUUGAUGUAGUCGCGGUGCAUGUGGAUGAAGCGCGCACACACGAAGAUGAAGUACAAGGAGGAGGCGAUCUGCACGCCCAGCACGGCCAUGAAGUACACCUUUAUGCCGUAGGCCUUCUUGUGGCCGGGCAGGGGGGGCGGGGUGAAGAACAGCCAGAUGUGGCACAUGACGCCGGUCCAUAUGAUGGUGUUGAAGGCGAGGCUGGCGAUGAACACCAUGGCCGUGUGGAUCCUCGACUUGAUGUAGCGCGAGAAGGUGGCGGUGGCAGAGGCCAGGGACGAGAGGGCCGUGACGAUGAACAGUAUGCCGAGAGCCCACAUGUCGGUGGGCAGCACCUUGAGCGCCUCAAAGCCGCUGAAGGCCGCCGAGCCAAACUGAUAAAACGCAACUGCACCGCACGCACAGCACAGAGAACCACCAGCAGCUCAAUCGAGAUCUCAUUGCAUGUGUGAUGCAUACUUGCAAGUGCAGUGCAAUGGACACGUACUCACCGGUGAUGAUGGCGGAUCUGAGGCUCUGGCAGCAGCAGUAGCACGUCUGCAUAUCGAGGUACGUCGCCAUGAGGAAGUAGUAGCACUGGUCGAACAAACUCAUAUCAUAUCAGAGGGCCGUGGGGGGACGGGACGGGCAGACUCCGAGGGCUUCUUUGGGGGUUGGUGGACGCGGGGAUAGGAGUAAGG